AUGGAUCAAACUUUGCUUCUCCAAAAUAUCAAGAAUAAAAUUGAUAAUUUGACCGCUGAGAUGGGUGAGUUUUUUGAACAUUUAGUAUUUAUAUAUGCAACGUGAAUUUCAGAUUAUCUUAAAUACAAAUUUUCGACCUCGAAAAUGAACAAUUAUGAAUCGAAACUUCAAAACGACGAAGAUAUUCAUGCUGUCGAAGCCCAAGUUCUUGAACUUGUCGAAGAGGAACCAGGUAUUUUAAAAAUUUCAUAUACCUUUUUAAAAUAUUCAAAUAGGAGCUGUUAGCCCCCAGGCGUAACAGUCUUUCUCAAUUUUCUGUGGAAAAUUGACUUACAAUCAGAUUCAUGGGAAAUUUAAAUCGAAUUAAUAGAAAGUUUCAAGUUUUUCGAUCAAAGAAUGACUCGUGGCAAAAUCAGGAAGGCUUCCUAAUUUUGCCAUGGACGACGUCAUCGAUAAAUUUUUCGAAAAAAACCUAUUGAAUCUAUUCUCAGAGAUUCGCUAGCCAGCUGGUCACUAGGUGGGGUCGACUGCCCAUCUGAAAUUGACACGGACAACCACAUCGCCCGUAUUUUUUGCCAGGCGACCUGGUCGCGAGGUGGUUCAGUUCAUGCAGACCACCUCGCCCAGGUUGUCCAGCUCAACCCGACCUCGCGUCCAGAUCGUCUCGCUUAAGAGAAAAAAGUCCAAAAAACUUGUGAAUCCGAGCAUUCUAGAAGAAAUUGGCUCAUUUUCUGUUUUUUCGGAGUACUAGAAACCUUAGGAAGUGAAAACAAAAAGUAAAAAAAUGCACCAUUUUGAGUACAAACCACCGUCUUGCUAGCUUUCCGGGAUUUCAAACACACAGACCACGUCGCCGGAAAACUCAAGGCGAUUUGGUGGCCGAAUCAAAUUCAGCUCGUUUUGAACUUUCCGGCCACCUGGUCCUGAUCUAGUGGCGAGCUGGCCAGCGAAUCUCUGUGUUUUUUGUAUUAAAUGUACUUGUAAGAGGUAAAUCACACGAAUUACAAUUGAAUUCAUUGAAAAUUUCAAGUUUUUCGAUCAAAAAAUGACUGGUGGCAAAAUCAGGAAGGCUUCCUAAUUUUGCCAUGGAUGACGUCAUCGAUCAAAUUUUUGAAAAAAAAACUUAUUUUAUUAUUUUUUGUAUUAAAUGUACUUGUAAGAGGUAAAUCACACGAAUUACAAUUGAAUUCAUUGAAAAUUUCAAGUUUUUCGAUCAAAAAAUGACUCGUGGCAAAAUCAGGAAGGCUUCCUAAUUUUGCCAUGGAUGACGUCAUCGAUCAAUUUUUCGAAAAAAACUUAUUUCAUUAUUUUUUGUAUUAAAUGUACUUGUAAGAGGUAAAUCACACGAAUUACAAUUGAAUUCAUUGAAAAUUUCAAGUUUUUCGAUCAAAAAAUGACUGGUGGCAAAAUCAGGAAGGCUUCCUAAUUUUGCCAUGGAUGACGUCAUCGAUCAAAUUUUUGAAAAAAAAACUUAUUUUAUUAUUUUUUGUAUUAAAUGUACUCGUAAGGUGUAAAUCACACGAAUUACAAUUGAAUUCAUUGAAAAUUUCAAGUUUUUCGAUCAAAAAAUGACUGGUGGCAAAAUCAGGAAGGCUUCCUAAUUUUGCCAUGGAUGACGUCAUCGAUCAAUUUUUCGAAAAAAAACUUAUUUCAUUAUUUUUUUGUAUUAAAUGUACUCGUAAGAGGUAAAUCACACGAAUUACAAUUGAAUUCAUUGAAAAUUUCAAGUUUUUCGAUCAAAGAAUGACUCGUGGCAAAAUCAGGAAGGCUUCCUAAUUUUGCCAUGGAUGACGUCAUCGAUCAAUUUUUCGAAAAAAAACUUAUUUCAUUAUUUUUUUGUAUUAAAUGUACUCGUAAGAGGUAAAUCACACGAAUUACAAUUGAAUUCAUUGAAAAUUUCAAGUUUUUCGAUCAAAAAAUGACUCGUGGCAAAAUCAGGAAGGCUUCCUAAUUUUGCCAUGGAUGACGUCAUCGAUCAAUUUUUCGAAAAAAAACUUAUUUCAUUAUUUUUUUGUAUUAAAUGUACUCGUAAGAGGUAAAUCACACGAAUUACAAUUGAAUUCAUUGAAAAUUUCAAGUUUUUCGAUCAAAAAAUGACUGGUGGCAAAAUCAGGAAGGCUUCCUAAUUUUGCCAUGGAUGACGUCAUCGAUCAAUUUUUUGAAAAAAAAACUUAUUUUAUUAUUUUUUGUAUUAAAUGUACUUGUAAGAGGUAAAUCACACGAAUUACAAUUGAAUUCAUUGAAAAUUUCAAGUUUUUCGAUCAAAAAAUGACUCGUGGCAAAAUCAGGAAGGCUUCCUAAUUUUGCCAUGGAUGACGUCAUCGAUCAAUUUUUCGAAAAAAAACUUAUUUCAUUAUUUUUUUGUAUUAAAUGUACUCGUAAGAGGUAAAUCACACGAAUUACAAUUGAAUUCAUUGAAAAUUUCAAGUUUUUCGAUCAAAAAAUGACUCGUGGCAAAAUCAGGAAGGCUUCCUAAUUUUGCCAUGGAUGACGUCAUCGAUCAAUUUUUUGAAAAAAAAACUUAUUUUAUUAUUUUUUGUAUUAAAUGUACUUGUAAGAGGUAAAUCACACGAAUUACAAUUGAAUUCAUUGAAAAUUUCAAGUUUUUCGAUCAAAAAAUGACUCGUGGCAAAAUCAGGAAGGCUUCCUAAUUUUGCCAUGGAUGACGUCAUCGAUCAAUUUUUCGAAAAAAAACUUAUUUCAUUAUUUUUUUGUAUUAAAUGUACUCGUAAGAGGUAAAUCACACGAAUUACAAUUGAAUUCAUUGAAAAUUUCAAGUUUUUCGAUCAAAAAAUGACUCGUGGCAAAAUCAGGAAGGCUUCCUAAUUUUGCCAUGGAUGACGUCAUCGAUCAAUUUUUCGAAAAAAAACUUAUUUCAUUAUUUUUUGUAUUAAAUGUACUCGUAAGAGGUAAAUCACACGAAUUACAAUUGAAUUCAUUGAAAAUUUCAAGUUUUUCGAUCAAAGAAUGACUCGUGGCAAAAUCAGGAAGGCUUCCUAAUUUUGCCAUGGAUGACGUCAUCGAUCAAUUUUUCGAAAAAAAACUUAUUUCAUUAUUUUUUUGUAUUAAAUGUACUCGUAAGAGGUAAAUCACACGAAUUACAAUUGAAUUCAUUGAAAAUUUCAAGUUUUUCGAUCAAAAAAUGACUCGUGGCAAAAUCAGGAAGGCUUCCUAAUUUUGCCAUGGAUGACGUCAUCGAUCAAUUUUUCGAAAAAAAACUUAUUUCAUUAUUUUUUUGUAUUAAAUGUACUCGUAAGAGGUAAAUCACACGAAUUACAAUUGAAUUCAUUGAAAAUUUCAAGUUUUUCGAUCAAAAAAUGACUCGUGGCAAAAUCAGGAAGGCUUCCUAAUUUUGCCAUGGAUGACGUCAUCGAUCAAUUUUUUGAAAAAAAAACUUAUUUUAUUAUUUUUUGUAUUAAAUGUACUUGUAAGAGGUAAAUCACACGAAUUACAAUUGAAUUCAUUGAAAAUUUCAAGUUUUUCGAUCAAAAAAUGACUCGUGGCAAAAUCAGGAAGGCUUCCUAAUUUUGCCAUGGAUGACGUCAUCGAUCAAUUUUUCGAAAAAAAAACUUAUUUCAUUAUUUUUUUGUGUUAAAUGUACUCGUAAGAGGUAAAUCACACGAAUUACAAUUGAAUUCAUUGAAAAUUUCAAGUUUUUCGAUCAAAAAAUGACUGGUGGCAAAAUCAGGAAGGCUUCCUAAUUUUGCCAUGGAUGACGUCAUCGAUCAAUUUUUUGAAAAAAAAACUUAUUUUAUUAUUUUUUGUAUUAAAUGUACUUGUAAGAGGUAAAUCACACGAAUUACAAUUGAAUUCAUUGAAAAUUUCAAGUUUUUCGAUCAAAAAAUGACUCGUGGCAAAAUCAGGAAGGCUUCCUAAUUUUGCCAUGGAUGACGUCAUCGAUCAAUUUUUCGAAAAAAAACUUAUUUCAUUAUUUUUUUGUAUUAAAUGUACUCGUAAGAGGUAAAUCACACGAAUUACAAUUGAAUUCAUUGAAAAUUUCAAGUUUUUCGAUCAAAAAAUGACUGGUGGCAAAAUCAGGAAGGCUUCCUAAUUUUGCCAUGGAUGACGUCAUCGAUCAAUUUUUCGAAAAAAAACUUAUUUCAUUAUUUUUUUGUAUUAAAUGUACUCGUAAGAGGUUAAUCACACGAAUUACAAUUGAAUUCAUGAAAAAUUUCAAGUUUUUCGAUCAAAAAAUGACUCGUGGCAAAAUCAGGAAGGCUUCCUAAUUUUGCCAUGGAUGACGUCAUCGAUCAAUUUUUCGAAAAAAAACUUAUUUUAUUAUUUUUUGUAUUAAAUGUAAUCCAUGCAAAAUUCGCGGACUCUGUCGCCUGUAAUUGCGGAUCUGUUCAAAAAUACUACAGAUAUGCGCCAACAAAUCGAGAAUUCCUAAAAUAUUAUGAAAUAAUAGCUAUACUUGAUUAAUUGCAAAGAAAUUACAAGUUCAUAUAUGCAUGCCUUUAAAAUCUUCAGAGUCAAAAUAUUAUUCAAAAAAAUUGUUUUUUCAUUAUGUGAAAACAUUUUCAGAAAUCCUUCAAUUGACAAGAAUCUUGCUCAAAUUCUUCCUUCUGGCAUUUUUUGAUCUUGUCAUCAUGGUUUUACUUUUCCGAGCUAUUCAAUGUUAA